AUGUCCAAGACGCCCAUCAUUCUACGGCUUCUUUGCCUUCUCAAUAUUUCUCUGGGACUUUUCACAGAGCCUUCUCUAGCUACCAGGCUCAAUCAGUCGGUAGUGGCAUCUCCGAACCCGGCACGCUACAUCUCUCAACCGCAUCCUAGUCCCACCGAAGCCAAGAAUCAAUCCUAUGGCCAGAUUCCCGGUGUGUACACGCCGUUGCCCACUCAAGAGCCAGGUGCUUGCAGCAUCACCGACGAAUACUGCUCGUACAACGGCACGGACAGAAACCCAGACGGUUUGAGCGAUCAAUGCAUAUUGUGGGACAAUACUUGCUCGGGAAACCAAACAUUAGCAAUCGACCAAUUUUUCAGUCAGACACAAGGAUUGCUAUACGAAAAUGUCUGCUUCACGAGCGAUGGAGAUGACUCUGUGGAAUCUAAUUGCACCCAACACAAUACACCUGCCAGAUACUCGGAGUUCGCGAGAAUAAAAAGUUGGAUGAGAUCACCGCAAUGCAUUAGUAGCCAGGGUGUGUACCAGAAAGCGCACCCAGCUCCGGAUACGGAGGGCAUGCAGGGUGAGAAACGUGCCGAUGAUAAGCGCGAUAAUAGCACGCAAGGGCGCGUCUAUGGAGGGGGUACUUGCUGCGGCACCUGCAACAUCGAAGCUGGGAAUGUCGACGUAUACUAUUGGCCGGCUUCCAAUGCCAACAGAUCUUGUCUGAGCAUCAUCGGCAACAGCGUCAAUCCCCCUGAUUAUCGCGCCACGACAGAUUCACUCGGGCUCAAGUACUGGGGAUGCACAAAGCCUCUGACAGGUAUUAUAGAUGAGUCAGUACAGACCAUCACCACUGCCUCUGUCAUGUUCACAGGAUCGAUGUCAUGGAAAGCAUACUUAGAGAAUCCAUGGGACUCGCCCUUGUGCCCCACAACGUCUGCAGCAUCCCCGGGCUCAAAUUCAUCUGUUAAUGCACGCGCCUUAGACGUCCAAAUUUACGCACGUGGUCAUUCCUUAGUCACUCCAGCGUCGGUCACCGGCAAGGAUGACCUGCCUAUAACGACCGUGGUGUCUGGAAGCUUCACCUUUACUUCUCCAUCAGUCUAUGCUGCUUUUAGCAACAUAGGUGCAUACGACUCUUGCGGUGCGGAGGUCAUCUCAACAACGAUGCUCUCUUUUGCUCCCGGAGAGCUGUCGACCGUGGUUGGACCUCGCUACUUUGGGAAUAUUGCGGCGACGACUUUACCAUUCAAUUUUGCAGACCUCCCCUGUCCGCCUUACAGCGUUGCUUCUGAAAACUACUACAAGCCUGAGCCGGGGGAGCCAUAUAGACCUCUGAUCGCUAUACCCAGCCAGGUCAGGGACAUGGUUCCGUGGUUCCAGUACUGUACAGAUUUGUGGUUCACGGGCUUCGAUCCGCCGAGGUCUCUAAUUCCAGCAGCAGCAAUAGCCCCGCCUGUCACUACUAGCGAUCUUGCAGCCCUCACCAUAGCACCGCAGCCGAGUGCGACUCAAUUUCCUGGCGCAAAGCAGACAGCUGCAGUGUGGAACCCAAUACCUCUUCCAUCGCCACUCCAACACGUGCCUCUCCCAAAAGAGACCAAUACAGCGCCGGUGCUCAAGCCCCAAGUGUCCAAAGAGACCAACCCAGUGCCAAUCAUCAACCCACAAGCAUCGCAGCCUCAACCUGCAGACGGUGACCUAGGAUCGGAGCAUCAAGGUUCGUCUCAGAAAGGCAGUGGCUCAACAGAACCUAGCGGACAAUCGAGCAUUCAGAAUGAUAGCAGUGGAGAUCCCAAGUUUCCAGGAGAUUCGAACCAAGAUGCAACAAAGGACCCGUCUUCGCCUGCCCAGAAUCAAGAAAUCAACACUGCUCAAAUUGCUACAAACGCGGCGGCCCAACAUAGCUCUCAGAACGAAAGUCCAGAUCCAGGAGAUUCAACACCUGCCGAGGCUGCCACGCUGGUAGAAACAACAAUAUCGCUUGCUGGUCAUGCUGUGGUGGCGGGCCCCUCUGGUGUUCAUGUCGACGGCGUGAAAGUCAAUCCUAAUCAGGCUCCAACAGACAUAUCUGGAAUGGCGGCUAUAAAUCAAGGAAACAGCAUCGUAGUUGCCAGCCAGAUCUUCCAUUUAGCGGCUUCAACAGAACAAGUUGCCACGAUGAUUGCAGGCCAGACAGUCAUCCCUAUCGCUAACGGCGUGUCAAUCCAUGGUACUUCCAUUACAGGCACAAACACUGCGAUAAUCUCCGGAACAGCGGUAUCUGUUCAUGACUCACACCUUUACUUCGGAAGCAAAUCAUAUCCACUUCCAACCGCAAACCCUGCAUCAGCGACGACGUUAGCCAAUGGAGCAGUAGCUCUCCCAAUACCGAACGCAGUAUCAAUCUAUGGAACUACACUUACCGCUGGCGCACCAGCAGCAACAUUUUCUGGAACUGCCGUCUUCCUUGACGUUUCGAAUAACCUUGUCUUCGAUGGUACUGGCCAGGCUCUGCCUCAUUUCUCUCAAACAGAAUCCCAGUCGGGCCAGGUCACAACUAUUGAUGGUGUAACCCUUGAGCUGCUCUCAAGUGGUAUCUCUGUUGCCGGCACUACUUUGACACCUGGAGGACCUGCUAUUACUGCUUCCGGCACUGCUACGUUGUCGCCGGGAGUUUCAGGAACGACCUUAGGUGGAACUUUGGUGUCUCUGGGCUCAGGUGGCAAUCUUGUGAUUGGGUCCAAAACAGUGGUACUUGGGGUUCCCAGUGGAAGCUUGGGUGGAAUAAUUAUGGGGGGAUUCGGGUCUGGAGGUCCAUUGGCCAACAGCUCGUCCCCACCAGGGAGCCUACCGUCAGUUCUUAGCAAUAGUACAAGUUCUAGCGUGCACAUCUUUGAGGGAAGGGCUAGAUGCUUACGAAGCCUUGUUCCAGAGGGUCUAGCUGGCUUCACAAUUGCGAUACAUUUAGUGUUGUAUUUUUACAAAUACCAAUAA